AUGCAGGCACCCAUCAAGGAAAAGAGGGAGCUGGAUGACAAACUAAUCACGGCCUGCCGGGAGGGCGACAUGGCCAAGAUGCUGCGACUCAUGGAGGCCGGGGCGGACGUCAACGCUGUGGGUCCGCUGAACCGCACGCCCCUCAUGACUGCCGCCCUCUUUGGCCACACCGAGAUCUGCCUCCACCUCUUCGACCACGGCGCCAAGCUCGACACCCAGUCGAGCGCGGGCGAGACGGCCCUACACCUGGCGACGCUCAACGGACACUUCAGCGUCGUCGAGUUCCUCCUGCUCGAGAAGGCCGACCCUAACCUCACCAACAGCUCCGGGAAGAAGCCGCGGGACUACGCGCGCAAGAAGGACAUGCGCGACCUCUACGCCAAGGCCGAACGCGGCGAGCUCGACCUCGACAAGACCACCGAGAGGACCGCCGCCGCACUCGUCCAGCGGGACAACAAGGGCCCGGGCUUCAAUCCGUCGAACAAGAUGCUGGGCGAUCUGGUCACCGCUGGCUUCGAGCAGGCCCUCGUGCUCCAGUGCAUGUACCGACUCUUCGAGAAAGGGAGCGACUACAACAGCGUGGGUCUGGUGAUCGCCGAGAUCGGGGAGGUCAAGAAGGAGAGGGCGGCUGCGGAGGCGGCUGCCGCUGGAGGUGCCGGCGAGAAGAUGGACGAGGCCGAACCCGAGGACGAGAAGGCGUGCAAGAUCUGCUUCGUCAACCCCAUCGACAGCGUCCUCCUCAACUGCGGUCACCUGUGCUGCUGCAUGGAGUGCGGAGGGGCGCUGGACCAGUGUCCCAUCUGCCGCUCGCCCAUCGCCAAGAUCGUCCGCACCUUCCUCUCGUGA